AUAUACAAGGAGGAGAUGACCCGCAAGAACGAGCGCUUCUUUGUCUUCUCGGCUGAUAUGCCGUUUCAUUUCAACGCAAAGUCCAAACGACUGGUCGCUCAUGGCUUGGAAGUGGAGGACUUGAUGGCCUUCCCUAUACCCAGACGUACGGACGGCACGGAUCUGGUGUUAGACACGUAUCAGUUCUUCCCCAAUGAAGACCUCGAAGCCGUUGACGCCAUUGAUAAACGUGUGGUCACGGAGUAUAUAGAGGUGUGUAAAGCAAUGGCCGCUAAUAUUAAACUAAUUGGAUAUAAAGACAUUAAAUGCGAUUUUAAUUACCAAAACAUUAGCGAUGAUGUGAUACAAGAGUAUAGGACAACAAAUAACGAAAAUCAUGUAUUGUUUCGUAUAUUUGAUAAAAUACUGACAGAAGUUGUCGACGAAAACAAGAAUUCAAAAAACAGUAAAGAAGUGAUGAAAGUAUUGAAAGAUAUAGAAAGCGGUGCCGAAUAUGAUCUCAACAAAGAUCUGGUUAAUCAGAUCCAGAAGAAUGAGUACAUGAUUAGAACUCUGGUCGAUAUUGUGUGCGAAAACUUUGUGACAAUCGGAGAGAUAAAAGUGACUGAAAUUAAUCUCUCGACCGGUAUUUUGGCCAAAGAAGUGGAUCAGAUUAUGUCACUCUUCCGUAUUAUGCCAUACGAUGUCGACUAUAAACUUGUGGUCAAAUCAAAAGAGGAUUGCAUUGAUAUGUAUAAGAAUAGGGCCACAGAAUGGGACCCAAAAGAUGAUAUAUCCCUAAAACCCUCGCAUUUGGUUAUAUUGAGAGAUACGCAA